CUGGUAUCAUCCACUCUGACCUGCUCUUAUGCAACGAUUCCGGUCCCCAAAUCGUUUGCCGAUCCCAAAGAUAAUGAAUUUGUGGAUUUCAACGCGAAGAUAUGCCAAUUUUGUGAGAUGAGCAAUCUGAAGAAAGCCAUGGAAUGGUUCCGCCUGUCGGAAAAACCCAGCAUUUCAUCGAGCACUUACUGUGCAGUUUUGCAGCUCUGUGCCGAGCUCAAGUCUCUGCAAGAUGGCAAAGAAGUUCAUUCGGUCAUUUCCUGUAACGACGUUCAGAUUAAUGGCAUUUUAGGGACGAGGCUUGUAUUUAUGUACGUAAGCUGCGGGGAACUAAGGCAAGGGAGAUUGGUUUUUGACCAGGUUGUAAAUGAGAAGGUCUUCCUUUGGAAUCUAAUGAUUAACGAGUACGCCAAAGUCGAAGACUUUGCAGAAUGUGUAUAUCUAUUUCAGAAGAUGUUGAAUGCAGGGAUUGCAGCGGACUCCUACACUUUCUCAUGCAUAUUGAAAUGCUUUGCCGCUUCAGAGAGUGUGAAGAACGGCGAGUGGCUUCAUGGGUACUUGCUGAAAUUGGAUCUCGCUGCUUGCAAUUGCAGCGUUGUUAAUUCUUUAUUAUCUUUUUACGCGAAGGUAGGGAGGGUGGAGAGUGCACGGAAGCUGUUCGAUGAAUUGCCUCAAAGAGAUGUCGUUUCUUGGAACUCCAUGAUCAGUGGGUACGUGGCUAAUGGUGGUUCAGAGGAAGGGCUUGAGGUUUUCAAACUAAUGGUAUCUUCAGGAGUCGAGAUCGAUUUGGCCUCAGCAGUUAUUGUUCUCUCGGCUUGUGCGAGUUGCAGUGAUCUUUCUCUCGGUAGAUCAGUUCACUCUUUUGGGAUAAAGCUCCAUUUUAACAAAGAAACCAAGUUCUGCAACAUACUGUUGGACAUGUAUUCCAAAUGUGGCGAUUUGGCUGCAGCCAGUAGAGUCUUUGAGAAGACUUCCGAACAAAGCGUGGUAUCUUGGACUUCCAUGAUCCAAGCCUAUUCUCGAUCAGGUCUUUUUCAUGACGCCAUCAGAUUGUUCCAUGAAAUGACGAGUUCGGGUACUAAACCGGAUAUUUUCACGCUCUCUGCUGUUCUUCAUGCUUGUGCUUCUUCAGGCUCAUUGGAAUCCGGCAAAAGUGUCCAUAAUUACAUCACGGAGCAAGGGCUAGAACCGAACUUAUUUGUCUGCAACGCCCUGAUGGACAUGUAUGCGAAAUGUGGAAGCAUGGAAGACGCGAGCUUGGUCUUCUCCCAGAUGCCGGUAAAGGACAUCAUCUCAUGGAACACAAUCAUAGGAGGGUACACCAAAAAUGAUCUGCCAAAUGAAGCGGUUCAUCACUUGGCCACAAUGGUAAGCGGAAAAUGGGAACCAGAUGGUAGGACUAUAUCGUGCAUUCUCCCAGCUUGCGCCAGCUUAUCAGCUCUAAACAUGGGAAGACAGAUCCACUGUUACGUACUAAGAAAUGGGCAUCACCUCUCUGAUGAUCGACACAUCGCCAAUGCACUUGUCGACAUGUACAUUAAGUGCGGUGCACUUGUUCUUGCAAGGUCACUAUUUGAUACGAUGAUUCCUUCUAAAGAUCUCGUCUCAUGGACCGUGAUGAUCGCUGGUUAUGGAAUGCAUGGAUUUGGAAAGGAAGCGAUCAGAGCAUUUGAAGAAAUGAGGCGAGAGGGAAUUAAACCGGAUGGAGUCUCAUUCAUAUCGGUUUUGUAUGCUUGCAGCCAUUCCGGGUUAGUCAAUGAAGGGUGGAGAUUCUUCAACAUCAUGCAGAAGGAAUGCAAGAUAGAGCCGAGUUUAGAGCAUUAUGCCUGCAUGGUGGAUCUUCUAUCCCGGAGUGGGAAGCUACAGAUGGCCUAUGAGUUCAUCAAGGGGAUGCCAAUAAAACCGGACGCCACAAUCUGGGGAGCUUUGCUUUGUGGAUGUAGGAUUCACCAUGACGUGAAAUUAGCCGAGAGAGUUGCAGAACAUGUAUUUGAAUUAGAACCAGAGAAUGCAGGAUACUAUGUUCUGUUAGCAAAUAUAUACGCAGAGGCAGAGAAAUGGGAGGAAGUGAAGAAGCUGAGAGUGAAAAUUGGUCGACGGGGUUUAAAGAAGCAUCCAGGUUGUAGCUGGAUAGAGGUUAAGGGGAAAGUUCAUGUGUUUGUUGCUAAAGAUGGUUCACACCCGGAAGUCAGAAAGAUUGAGGCUCUGUUGAGGAAGGUAAGGGAAGGAAUGAAGAAAGAAGGUUUCUCUCCUAAGCUUAGAUACGCCAUGAUGAAUGGAGAUGAUCUGGAGAAGGAAAUGGCUCUGUGUGGGCACAGUGAGAAGUUAGCCAUGGGGUUUGGGAUCCUGAACUUGCCACCUGGGAAGACGGUAAGUGUAAUGAAGAACUUGAGAGUUUGCAGGGAUUGUCACGAGAUGGCUAAGUUCAUGUCCAAGACUACAGGGAGGGAGAUUAUCUUGCGAGAUUCCAAUUUUUUCCACCAUUUCAAGGAUGGAUCUUGUUCCUGCAGAGGUUUCUGGUAG